UUCUGUAAAGCAAAAGCUGGCAGGCUGACAAACGGGCAGCUUACAGGACGGACUCUCUGGCUACUGACCAUUUAGCUGUGGCAUACCCGGAUUGUGUGUGGGUGGGAAGUCGACAAUGAGCUCCGUGGCAGUUUUGACCCAGGAGAGCUUCGCUGAACACCGCAGCGGCCUGGCUCAGCAGCAGGUGAAAGUUACAGCUUUAAACUCUGAAGAAGAGAAUGAUCCUCCAACCUACAAGGAAGCCUUCCCUCCGCUCCCUGAGAAAGCACCAUGUUUGGAAGCUGCCCAGGAGCCCGCUGGGCCCUGGAGCAAAAUCCGACCAAUAAAGGCUUCUGUCAUCACUCAGGUGUUUCAUGUGCCACUGGAGGAGAGGAAAUACAAGGACAUGAAUCAGUUCGGAGAAGGCGAGCAGGCCAAGAUCUGCCUUGACAUCAUGCAGAAGACAGGAGCUCACCUGGAGCUGUCUCUCGCAAAGGACCAGGGCCUUUCGAUCAUGGUCUCUGGCAAGCUGGAAGCAGUCAUGAAGGCUCGGAAGGAGAUUGUCGCUCGGCUGCAGACUCAGGCUUCAGCGACAGUUGCCAUCCCUAAGGAGCACCACCGUUUUGUCAUUGGAAAGAAUGGUGAGAAGCUGCAGGACCUGGAGCUCAAAACUGCAACCAAAAUCCAGAUCCCCCGCCCAGAUGACCCCAGCAACCAGAUCAAGAUCACCGGCACUAAAGAAGGGAUUGAGAAGGCCCGACACGAGAUCCUGCUUAUCUCUGCUGAGCAGGAUAAGCGUGCUGUGGAGCGGCUGGACGUGGAGAAAGUGUACCAUCCCUUCAUUGCUGGGCCUUACAACAAGCUGGUGAGCGAGCUCAUGCAGGACACAGGGACGCGCAUCAACAUUCCUCCACCCAGCGUCAACAAGACAGAGAUAGUCUUCACAGGAGAAAAGGAGCAGCUAGCCCAGGCCGUGGCUCGUGUUAAGAAGAUCUAUGAGGAGAAGAAAAAGAAGACUACUACCAUUGCAGUGGAGGUGAAGAAGUCCCAGCACAAGUACGUCAUCGGCCCCAAGGGGAAUUCCCUGCAGGAGAUCUUGGAGAAAACUGGAGUCUCUGUCGAGAUCCCACCCACUGACAGUAGCUCGGAGACGGUGAUACUGCGAGGCGAGCCUGAAAAGCUUGGGCAAGCAUUGACUGAAGUCUAUGCAAAGGCCAACAGUUUUACCGUCUCCUCGGUCUCUGCCCCCUCUUGGCUUCAUCGUUUCAUUAUUGGAAAGAAAGGACAAAACCUGGCCAAAAUAACUCAGCAGAUGCCAAAGGUUCACAUCGAAUUCACUGAAGGAGAGGAUAAAAUCACUUUGGAAGGACCUACAGAAGAUGUGAAUGUGGCUCAGGAACAGAUUGAAGUCAUGGUCAAGGAUCUGAUCAACCGGAUGGAUUAUGCAGAAAUCAACGUUGACCACAAAUUCCACCGACACCUCAUUGGCAAGAAUGGAGCUAACAUUAACAGGAUUAAGGACCUCUACAAGGUGUCUGUGCGCAUUCCCCCGGACAAUGAGAAGAGCAACCUGAUCAGAAUUGAAGGAGACCCACAGGGGGUCCAACAGGCCAAGAAAGAGCUGCUGGAACUCGCUUCCCGUAUGGAAAAUGAACGCACCAAGGACCUAAUCAUUGAGCAGAAAUUCCACCGGACCAUCAUUGGACAGAAGGGCGAGCGGAUUCGGGAAAUCCGGGAGAAAUUCCCAGAGGUUAUUAUCAACUUCCCAGACCCUGCACACAAGAGUGACAUCGUCCAACUUAGAGGUCCCAAAAACGAGGUGGAGAAGUGCACCAAGUACAUGCAAAAGAUGGUGGCAGACCUGGUUGAAAACAGCUUUUCUAUUUCUGUCCCCAUCUUCAAACAGUUCCACAAGAACAUCAUAGGGAAAGGAGGUGCCAACAUCAAGAAGAUCCGUGAAGAAAGCAACACCAAAAUUGAUCUCCCAGCAGAGAACAGCAACUCGGAGACAAUUGUUAUCACAGGCAAGAGAGCAAACUGUGAGGCUGCUCGCCACAGAAUUCUUGCCAUCCAGAAGGAGCUGGCCAACAUCACAGAGGUGGAGGUCUCUAUUCCUUCCAAACUGCACAAUUCCCUCAUUGGCGCCAAAGGCCGCUUCAUCCGCUCCAUCAUGGAGGAGUGUGGUGGAGUCCACAUCCACUUCCCCACCGAGGGCUCUGGCAGUGACACCGUGACCAUCAGGGGCCCAGCCCAGGAUGUGGAGAAAGCCAAGAAACAGCUGCUGCACCUGGCAGAGGAGAAGCAAACAAAGAGUUACACCGUGGACCUCCGUGCAAAGCCAGAGUACCACAAAUUCCUUAUUGGUAAGGGUGGUGGCAACAUCCGUAAGGUGCGUGACAACACUGGGGCCCGUAUCAUCUUCCCAACCCCUGAGGACAAAGAUCAGGAGCUGAUUACUAUCAUGGGGACUGAGGAGGCUGUCAAAGAGGCGCAGAAGGAGUUGGAGGCCCUCAUCAAGAACCUGGAUAACGUGGUUGAAGACUCCAUGGUGGUUGACCCCAAGCACCACCGUCAUUUUGUUAUCCGGAGAGGGCAAGUUCUGCGUGAGAUUGCAGAUGAGUAUGGUGGUGUGAUGGUCAGCUUCCCGCGCUCUGGCACCCAGAGCGACAAAGUCACCCUCAAGGGAGCCAAGGACUGUGUGGAGGCAGCCAAGAAACGCAUCCAGGAGAUCAUCGAGGACCUGGAAGCUCAAGUGACAAUCGAAUGCACCAUCCCACAAAAGUUCCACCGCUCCAUUAUGGGCCCCAAAGGAUCCCGGAUCCAGCAGAUCACCCGGGACUAUGGUGUCCAGAUCAAAUUCCCUGACAGGGAGGAGAACCCAGCCCCUGUUGCAGAGCCAGCUGUGCAGGAGAAUGGCGAGGAAGGUGGGGAAGGCAAGGAUGGGAAGGAUGCAGAUCCCAGCUCUCCGAAGAAGUGCGAUAUCAUCAUCAUCUCUGGCCGCAGGGAGAAGUGUGAGGCAGCAAAGGAGGCACUGCAGGCUCUGGUUCCUGUCACCAUUGAGGUGGAAGUUCCCUUUGAUCUUCACCGUUACAUCAUUGGCCAGAAAGGAAGUGGGAUCCGCAAAAUGAUGGAUGAGUUUGAAGUGAACAUCCAGGUCCCUGCUCCUGAGCUGCAGUCGGAUAUCAUCACCAUCACUGGGCUGGCUACCAACCUGGACCGUGCCAAGGCCGGGCUGCUGGAAAGAGGGAAGGCUGAACAAGAGGAUCGGGCCUUGCGAAGCUUCAAGCUGACAGUCACUGUGGAUCCCAAGUAUCACCCUAAAAUCAUUGGGCGGAAGGGAGCAGUGAUCACCCAGAUACGCACAGAGCAUGAGGUCAACAUCCAGUUCCCCGACAAGGAUGAUGAAAGUCAGGCCCAAGACCAGAUCACCAUCACUGGCUAUGAGAAGAAUGCCGAGGCUGCCCGGGAUGCCAUCAUGAAGAUCGUUGGUGAGCUGGAGCAGAUGGUCUCUGAGGAUGUGACUCUGGACCAUCGUGUUCAUGCACGCAUCAUUGGUGCACGUGGUAAAGCCAUCCGCAAAAUCAUGGAUGAGUUCAAGGUGGAUAUUCGCUUUCCCCAGAGUGGAGCUCCUGACCCCAACUGUGUGACUGUGACAGGACUCCCUGAGAACGUGGAAGAAGCUAUCGAUCACAUCCUGAACUUGGAGGAGGAAUAUCUUGCAGAUGUGGUGGACAACGAGGCAAUGCAGGUGUAUAUGAAGCCCUCUUCACAUGAAGAGUCCAAGGCCCCAUCCAAGGGCUUUGUGGUGAGAGAUGCCCCCUGGGCCACUGUCAACAACGAAAAGGCCCCUGAUAUGAGCAGUUCUGAAGACUUCCCCAGCUUUGGGGCUCAAGUGGCCCCCAAGACUCUUCCCUGGGGACCCAAACGAUAAUGACCUGGAAGCAGAAACAUCUCCUCCAGCCCGCUGACCUGACACUAACCUGCCACAAAUACUUCCUGUCUGAAAUCUGACCCAGCGGCUGGAGCACAAGUCACUUGCCCCAAGAGGUCUCCUAAUGGUGUCUGGAGUGCUAGACCCCAUCCUGCUCCCCUCAGCUAUCACCAUGGCUAGGACCCACCCUCAUCUCUUGAUGGAUAUUCUUUCCUCCUUUGGAACAAGACUUCCACUCAGAUUCAAACACUAAAUGUGCGUGUUUUUGUUAGAAACUUCACAAUUGACUCAAAGUGGCUAAGAUUUGCAGCUUCCCAAGCGCUAGCAGAGCAAUCUGCUCUCUUGAGCAUGUCUUACUAGGCAUUCUCGCCUUCAUUAGGAGACCUCCUUUACUGUGGCUAGGAAUCUACUUCCUGUCUCAUGACCUCAGGAAAUAAAUUUCCUUGACUUUCUAAAGCCAAAA